AUGACGCCCUAUGCAGUAGCAAUUACCGUGGCCUUACUAAUUGUAACAGUGAGCGCACUCCAGGUCAACAAUUCAUGUGUCGCUUUUCCGCCAUCAAAUCUCAGAGGCAAAAAUGGAGACGGUACUAAUGAACAGUAUGCAACUGCACUACUUUCUAUUCCCUGGAAUGGACCUCCUGAGUCAUUGAGGGAUAUUAAUCUUAUUGAACUCGAACCGCAAGUUGCACUCUAUUUGCUCGAAAAUUAUAUUAACCAUUACUACAACACCACAAGAGACAAUAAGUGCCCUAAUAACCACUACCUAAUGGGAGGGCAGUUGGGUAGCUCAUCGGAUAAUAGGAGUUUGAACGAUCCGCAAACGAUGCUAUGGCCGGAAAAGAAGGAAGACGAAAAAAACUGCCAAGAAACUUUUAAAGGGGCCUGUUCGUGUACCAAAAGGUUUUGCAAGGGUUAUUUCUCUGUAAAUAUUUUUGGGAUAAACCUGAAUAUAUCUUAUAGCUCUGGAAAGUGA